AUGAUUUCAUGAAUAACAGGUUUUUGCAUUGUGCACCAGAUGUCUGUUGGCUCCAGCAAGAAUCAUCAUCUCUCUAUUUCUAGUGCAUUCCUUUUCAUGAACUGCAGAAGGUUGUGGUGCUCGGGGAAGAUAUUGUUUCGACAUUGGACUUGACAGCAGUUGAGAUUUUUUUUGUUGUUGAGGGGUGGGAGGCUCUGGUGUAUGUGCAGAUAGCUCUUUUAGUCUAGGUUUCGUCACUGUGCCCUUUUGGGCUUCUUCUUUUCAUUUAGUUUCUUUUUUUAGUCAUUACAAUGGCAAGACUUGCGCCUGGUUUUCGCUUUCAUCCAACUGACGUUGAGCUGAUUAUGUACUAUCUCAAACGGAAGAUCAUGGGGAAAAAACUUCUUUUUGAAGGCAUAACGGAACUCAACAUCUACAGAGUCUCCCCUUGGGACCUUCCAGGCAAAUGUUGUUAUAAAAGUAAAGAUCUGGAGUGGUACUUCUUUUGCCCAAGGGAGAGAAAGUAUGCUAGCGGAGCCAGAAUGAAUCGCGCCACUGAAACUGGAUACUGGAAAACUACUGGGAAAGAUAGACUUGUUACUUAUGAUGAAAAGAUUGUUGGAUCAGUUAAAACGCUUGUUUUCCACCUAGGUCAUCCCCCGCGAGGGCAGAGAACUGAUUGGGUAAUUCACGAAUUCAAAUUUGAAGAUAAAGAAUCUAUUGAUGCGGGGUUUUCUCAGGAUUCAUAUGUGCUUUGUAAAGUAUUCCAGAAGAGUGGGCCAGGUCCCAAAAAUGGUGCACAGUACGGAGCACCUUUUAUUGAGGAAGAUUGGGAUGAUGACAAGAUUCCUGCUGAACCUUGUCCAUUAGAUGUUUUUCCGGCUCCACCCGGACGGCCUGAUAGUCGGAGCAAAUCAGUUGUGACUGGAGUGGUGGACCCAGGAAGCACAUCUGACUGGCCUUCAAGUGAACUGAGUCUAUCUCCUAUUCGGUCUUCUAUUCAAAGAAGUCCUUUGGAUGAGCCAGAUGAUGAGGAGUUGCCUGGUGAACCAAAACCGGCCAAUGUAUCCCCUAUCAGUCGGAUGCCUUCAGAUCAGCUAGAUGAUGAGGGCGUGCAUGGUCAAUCGAAUCUGUCCAAUAUUUUUUCUCCUCUGCCUAUACUGCCUGAGGGACACUGCAUGGUCAAACCUGGUCCAGGUCCAUCUAAUGAUCAGAUGUGUACCAAUGAGAUGCCUCUUGAUGAGCAAGAUGAUGAGAUCUUUAGUCUAUUAGCCCCUUUCACAGAAGAUACUUCCUUGCUCUCUGCUGGCGAUGAGACUAAACAGAAUCUUGAGAACUUUAACCAAGAUGUAAAUGCUCCACCUGCUACUUUAACUGAUGGGAAUGAUAUAUUUGCUGGCCUUGGAGGCAUAGAAUACUGGGCAGGAGGUGGUCAGCCGGGAUCUGAUCUCUUUGCAAGUGACGGAGCUGAUUAUAGUUUUAACCCCAUGAUUCUGACACAAGAUUCUGCUUAUAUGGAGCUCAAUGAUCUUGAUAUCCCUUUAGAUCACUCUGCUGACACCAUUGGAACUGGACAAUUAGUGGCCAGCAACUUCUGUGCGCCAUAUAACUCCAACAUUGGUUUGCAGCAACCCUGUUUUGGAAGCAAUUCCAUGGGCAUAGUUCAAGAUUUUGGCGAACAUAAUCUCCCAAUGCUCCCUGAAAGUUACACUCACUCUCAACAAGUGAAUCAUUCUGACAUGGUUUACAAUUUUCAGAACGACGCAUGCCAGGGUUAUAAUGCUGCGACUAAUUUCAGUGUUAGCUCUUACACGCAACCAGAAGCGAGUAGACUCGAUGCCCAAAAUCUGGAAAGAGGGGUGCAGCAAAGAAAGUUUUAUUUGAGCGUAUUUGCUCUUUGUGAUGGUUCCUUCAUACUUGUCAAGGCUGAGGUGACUCUUGGGGUUGAUGGAUGCACUGACGACGCCUUGUCAGUUAUACUGGGA